AUGGAUGGACAAAAUUUACCACCGCCACCAACUGGUACAAGUCCAAUGAAAAAGUUACCAGCAAAACCAAUUUCACCACCACCAAUGAAAAAGUUGGCACCAACAGGAGGAAGCAAUGGUUUGCCACCACCAACCAAUAUGGGUGGUCAAUUACCACCACCACCACCAACCAAUAUGGGUGGUCAAUUACCACCACCACCAACUAAUUUAGGUGGUCAAUUACCACCACCACCACCAAAUAAUAUAGGUCAAUUACCACCACCACCAACUAAUAUAGGUCAAUUACCACCACCAAAUAAUAUAGGUGGUCAAUUACCACCACCACCACUACUAACAACAAAUGCAUCAACAGGAGGUCCACCACCAUUAGCACCAAUUCGUCAAACUAGUUUACCACCACAACAUCAACAACCACAACCAGUCGCUAAAACUAUGGCAAAAUUACCACCAACACCAAAUAUGAAACCACCAGGUGUAAAUUCAAGUAGUGGAUCAUUACCAAAUACACCAAUAAUGAAGCCACCACCAGUUAAUUCAAGUGGUGGUUCAAUACCAAAUUCAUCAUUACCACAACCACCAAUAAAUUUAAAUAAUAAUAAUAUAAAUAAUAACAGUACAAUUCCAACUGGUCCACCACCGUUAGGACCUAAACAUUCUCCAAUGAAUACAAGUGGAUCAUCAUUAAUAUCAACACAACAACAACCACCCCCACCAGUGCCAUUAUCAGCACCACCACCAUUAUCAACACCACCACCACCAUUAUCAGUUCCACCAACAACUCAACCACCAGUACCAAUCAUUAGACAAAGUGUUUAUGGUGUUACACCAUUACAAACACCACCACCACCUUUAUCAAUUCCACCAACACCAUUACCAACUUCAUCACAACAAUCACAAACACCACUUUCACCAACUGCAUCAGCUAAACAAACACAUAAUAGAACACCAUCACAAGAUUCAAAUUCAACACAACAAUCAACAUCCAAUCAAAGUAAUAAUUCUUUUAGAAAUUCAACUGAUGCUGUUAGUUUAGCCUCAUUGGAUCAACCUGAAAUUUAUCCUCAAACAAGAAUUGCAGAAGAAAAUUUUAAUUAUUUAAAAGAUAUUCAUACAAAAAUUAAUAAAAGAUCACAAUCUAGUCAAGUUUGUAGUAGAGAAGGUAGUAGUUUAGCAGAAACAUUUAAAAAUUAUGGUACAAUGUUAAUAUCACAAUCAGAUAAUGUUAUGGGUCAAUGUAUGUUUAAAGUUGGAGAUUUCCAAAAGGAAUAUGAAGAGAUUAGAGAUCAAUUGGAUAUUCAAUCAAUGAGUGGAUUAAAAGGUACAAUCGAUCAAUUUAUUAAUCGUGAUAUAAAAGUGGUUAGAACAUCAAGAAAGAAUUUCGAUAAGAUAAAAUCAAUGUAUGAAUCUAUCGAUGGUAAAGUAAACACAAAUGCAAACAAAGGUAAAGGUAUAAAUUUAGUUAAACAAGCAGAACUUCAACAAGAGAGAGAUUUCCUUCGUGGCCGUUUGAAUCAAGUUGGUCAAGAAUCACUCUCCACCAUUAAAUUGGCAAAUGAGAGUAACUCUGUGGAGAUUAUGGAACAAAUGGUUGAAUACAUGGAGAAUAUGCAACAAGCAGUAAAGGCAUUAUCAUCACAAAUGAAUCAAUUACAAGUACCAAUUACAACCUACAAGAAAGAGGCAGUUCGUAGACGUGCUGAAUUGGAUAAAUCAAUUGAGGCACAAAAGAAUUUAAAUUCUCAAAAGAGUGGACAAAAAGAUAAACUAUUCAUGGAUGAAUUGGAUAGAGAGGUGCCAGGUGAAGAUUUAAAAAAGACACGUCUUCGUAGAUUCUUAUCAGCUGAACGUCAAUAUCUAACUGGUUUAAAUACAUUGGUAACCAUUUAUUUGGCUGGCUUACGUACUGAUGAUCGUUUGUUUAGCAAGAUCUUUAAAGAGGAUGAAAUCGCUAUCUUUAGUAAUAUUGAACCACUCUAUUCUUGUCAAUCCAAAUUCGUAGAGGAGUUGGAGAGUUGUUACAAAGGUUGGGGUGAACCAAAUACACCAACAUUGGGUGGAGUUUUCUUUAAAAACUCUCAAAAGAUGAUGCAACUCUACUCUGUAUAUAUCACAAACUUUUCAAAGGCAUUACUCACAAUUAGCAGAUGUAAACAAUCAAAGAAUUUCCAAGCUUUUUUAAAAACUUGUGAAGAGAAAUCUGAUGGUGCCGAUUUGGAUUCACUCAUUCCAUUACCAUUGACAAGAGUUGCCAAUUAUCUAUUGCUUUUAAAUGAUAUGAAAGAUCAAUUCACUCAGCAAAUUCAAAAUGGUUCUGCCACUCCAUCCGAUCAAACCGAGUUAAAACAUGUCACUGGUGCUUUAGAAAAAGUUCAAGCCAUUAGUGAAUGUGUUAAACAAAGUCAAAAUUUAAUUCAUCUAAGUAAACUUCAACAAUCAUUGACUGGUUUUGAUAGUAGUCUCUUAGAGGAGGGUCGUUUCUUGGUUAAAGAGGGUACUCUUUCAAUGGGUGGUUUAAUUCAACCAGGUCAAACUCAACAACAACAAUAUCAAUAUUACUUUAUUCUAUUAACUGAUAUUCUAUUAUAUUGUAAGAAACAAACUGCUCUAUUCCCAAUUGAUUUUGGUGAUGCAACUAGAGGUAUGUUAUCAGGUGUUGGUUCUCAACAAACACCAUCAUCAUCCUCCUCGUCUGGUAAUAAGUAUAAAUUUAUUGGUAAGUUUGAUUUAAAGAAUAUGGAUAUUAAAAAUAUCACCGAUAUGGAUCAAUCAAAUAUAAAUUCAUUUCAAAUUCUUUGUAGUGGUGGCGUAACUUGUACACUCUAUUGUGAUACUAAACAACAAAAAGAAGAAUGGUUCACUACUAUCACCAAAACCAUUAGUAAAUGUAAUCAAAAUAAACUCUUUGGUAUUCCAUUAGAAGCAAUUAUGCAAAGACCAUUUGAACAAGGUCGUCCAAUUCCAUCAUUCCUUCAAAGAGUAUGCGAUUACCUCUAUGAUAAUGCACCACCAGAAGAAGGUAUUUUCCGUCUUAGUGCAAAUCAAAAAACUCUAGAUAUGGCAAGAGAAGAGAUUGAAACUGGUGUCGAUUUAGAUUACAAUGAAAUGGAUAUUCAUGCAGUGGCUGGUAUUCUUAAACUUUGGGUCCGUAAUUUACCAGAACCAUUACUUACCUACAAAUAUUUCGAUACCUUUGUUGAUAUUGCCGAUUUAGAAACAAAGGAUGAAAGAAUAGCAAUGAUUAAAACCGUAGUCGAGAAAUUACCAUUUGAAAAUAAAUUCUCAACUUUCUAUUUAAUGAAAUUAUUGUCAAAAGUCUCUGAAAAUUCAGCUGUCAACAAAAUGACUCCAAAUAAUAUUUCAAUUGUUUUUGCAACUUUAUUACUUCGUAAGAAGGAUGCUUCACCUUUGGAUUGUACAUCAUUCAAUUCAAUUUUUGGUGUUAUUGAAUGCUUUAUGACAGGAUUUUCAACUAUCUUUUCUGAUAUUGAAAAACAAUAUUAUGAAGCUUGCUCUGAUCAAAAUAAAGAUAAACGUAAAUCUGUCAUUCCAAAUAAACCACUUCCAAUUCGUCCACCAAUUGGUGCACCAUCACCAUUGGGUGGAAGUAGUGGUAGUAUCAAUAAUAGUGGUGGCGGUGGUGGUAGUAAUGAAUCAUCACCUUCAUCCUCUGUUAAAAAUGGAUCUUCAUUUUUACCAUCAAGUGAUAAUACUUAUUAUUCUGGUAAUUCAAGUGUUGAAUGGACAAAACAAACAUUUAAUGAAGAAUCAGAUAGUGAUGAUGAAGAAGGUUUUUCAAUUGGUUCAAAACAAGCCUCAAUUACAAUUCAAUUGGGUGAAAUUGUUAAACAAGGUUAUCUCACUAAAAAAGGUGCUAUGCGUAGAAAUUGGACUAAACGUUGGUUCGUUUUGAAACAAGGUUAUCUCUUUUACUUUAAAACCUCAAAGGAUAAGAAACCAAAGGGUAUCAUUCAAUUAACAAAUGUAGUUGUAAGUCGUUCUUACUAUAAACCAAAUUGUAUGGCUGUUAGAUCUUUAACUGACAAAGAAGACAGAGAAUUUUUAAUUUGUGCAAAUAGUCAAGCCGAUCUUGAAGAUUGGAUUAAACAUAUUUCAAAUUGUAUAACACAACAAUAA